AUGUGCUCACAUUUGAGAGAUUACAAAGUCGAACAAAGUGACUGCUCUCAAUUUUUGCCCUUCAUCUGCGAAAAGGAUCCCUUCAUCCAGCCGAAAAUGAACUGGCUGCCAAUCAUAAUCACCCUGGUCUUCGCUUCUCUCGUCAUCUUCUUCGUCAUCAUCCCCACACUCAUCUUCUGUUGCAUCAAAUCAUCUCAGAGGAAGGAUGAGAAGGAGGAUAGGAAGCACAAAUCGUUGCACGCCAGCAGGCAGUCGCUCAACUCGUUGUCAGGCAGCAGACAUUAUCUGGAUGAGACUAGCAAGAGCUACCGAAGCGAGGAGCCCCGCAAGAAACGUCCCUUGCUGGACGGGACUGCCUCCUACAGGAACGACGAUGCAUCCUCCGAUCUCAUCAUCAAAACCGACUACAGAGACGACUUCUCCUACUUGUCCGACACCACCGAUCAAACAUCUUUCAAAUUUUCAAUGAGCAGGCCACACGUGCUUCCACACGUUGAGAAUGAAAUUCAACUGCUGGACCAGGCGUACAACGAGAGAUCUCGACCAACAGACAAUAUGACAGGCGAAGCCAAACCCUACUUUUCAAGUUUCUCAAGUGAACCUCCUUCAUACCCAAAGCCAAAACCUCGUACCAGCAAGCAAUCAAACCCCAGCGACAGUGAAACGUUCACCUCAAACGAUGAAGUUACAAUAGCUGGUGGUAGUUCGACGAAGAAAAAACGAGCAAGACCCAAACUAAAACCUUUGGAGGAGGGAAAUAUGUAACUCGUCGGAACAGCAUUCCAAAUAAUUGAAUUACAAACGUGUGUGUUUGUGUGCCUGUGUGUGCGUGCGUGUGUGUAUGUGUGAAACUUGUAAUUUGUACAGAGAAGUCAUUGGUCAGUUGUUCAUGAGUAUUAUAUUUUCACGUUUUUAUUUCCAGUUUUAUUCUAAUCAGUGUCUUUGAAACUGCUUUUUUUAAUUAAAAAUAUGUUUGUGUAAA